AGUAUGGUAGACGUAACAAACUCUGAAUUGCAUGGGAGAGAAUACCAAAAUACGAGUGUAAAAGAAUAUUCUCUCAGAAUAUCAUAUUCUUUUACAAGAGUAAAAGAGAAUCGAAACAAACCACAAUGGUUUAUUCUCAACAGUCCCACAACCAUACGGUUGCCUAGCGUACGUUCGCACCAGUCAACAACCAAUCCCCUAUUUAUGCUAUCCUACCGGCACUCACGGGUCUAUCAAUCGGGCUAACUAAACAGAAUCAAACGAGAUCAAUCUACGGGCGAACGGGCGGGAGGCCAUGGCGCGGGAGCAGCUGGAGGUGCUGUCGGCGCUGGACGCCGCCAAGACGCAGUGGUACCACUUCACGGCGAUCGUCAUCGCGGGGAUGGGCUUCUUCACCGACGCCUACGACCUCUUCUGCAUCUCCCUCGUCACCAAGCUCCUCGGCCGCGUCUACUACUACCGCGCCGGCGCGUCCGAUCCAGGCUCGCUCCCGCCCAACGUCGCCGCUGCCGUCAACGGUGUCGCCUUCUGCGGCACGCUGUCCGGCCAGCUCUUCUUCGGCUGGCUCGGCGACCGCAUGGGCCGCAAGCGCGUCUACGGGAUGACGCUCAUGUGCAUGGUGCUCUGCUCCCUCGCCUCCGGCCUCUCCUUCGGGUCCACGCCGGCCAGCGUCAUGGCCACGCUCUGCUUCUUCAGGUUCUGGCUCGGCUUCGGCAUCGGCGGCGACUACCCGCUCUCCGCCACGAUCAUGUCCGAGUACGCCAACAAGAAGACGAGGGGCGCCUUCAUCGCCGCCGUCUUCGCCAUGCAGGGGUUCGGGAUCCUGACGGGCGGCGUGGUGACGCUCGUGGUGUCCGCCGCCUUCCGCGCCGCCUUCGACGCGCCGGCGUACCAGGACGGGGCCGUGGCGUCCACGCCGCCGCAGGCCGACUACGUGUGGCGCGUCAUCCUCAUGUUCGGCGCCAUCCCCGCACUGCUCACCUACUACUGGCGGAUGAAGAUGCCCGAGACGGCGCGAUACACCGCGCUCGUCGCCAAGAACGCCAAGCAGGCCGCCGCCGACAUGUCGAAGGUCCUCCAGGUCGACAUCGCCGACGACUCCAAGGACCCCGCCCCAUCCGACGGAGAUCGAAACUCGUUCGGCCUCUUCUCCGGCGAGUUCCUGCGCCGCCACGGGCUCCACCUCCUCGGCACCGCCACCUGCUGGUUCCUCCUCGACAUCGCCUUCUACUCGCAGAACCUCUUCCAAAAAGACAUCUUCACGGCGAUCCACUGGAUCCCCAAGGCCAAGACCAUGAGCGCCCUGGAGGAGGUCCACCGCAUCGCGCGCGCGCAGACGCUCAUCGCGCUCUGCGGCACGGUGCCAGGGUACUGGUUCACGGUAUUCCUCAUCGAUCGCAUCGGGCGGUUCUGGAUCCAGCUAUGCGGCUUCUUCUUCAUGGCCGUCUUCAUGCUCGGCCUCGCCUUCCCGUACCACCACUGGACGACCCCCGGCAACCACGUCGGGUUCGUUGUGCUCUACGGGCUCACCUUCUUCUUUGCCAACUUCGGGCCCAACUCCACCACAUUCAUCGUGCCCGCCGAGAUCUUUCCGGCGAGGCUCCGGUCGACCUGCCACGGCAUCUCGGCGGCCGCGGGCAAGCUCGGCGCCAUCGUCGGCUCGUUCGGGUUCCUGUACCUCGCGCAGAACCAGGACGCGAAGCUGGUGGAUCAUGGGUACAAGGCCGGGAUCGGGGUGAGGAACUCGUUGUUCAUUCUCGCGGCGUGCAACUUUCUGGGCAUGGGGUUCACGUUCCUCGCACCCGAGUCCAAUGGCAUCUCGCUCGAGGAGCUCUCCGGCGAGAAUGAUGACGAGACCUCAGCCGCGCCGGCGCACGCCAGGACGGUGCCCGUGUGAGAAGAAAUCAAUGGCGUAUCUGUUUGGCCGCAUGGAUUGUUGGAUCGGCGGUCAAGGUCUCAAGGAUAGCUAAGUCUAGUGGAUCAACAGAAGAGGUGAUCGAUCGAUGCUGUAUCUAGUAGUGGUAGUACAACACCUUAGUAACUUGUAUUAGUAGAUACGAGAUCGAUGGCCAUAGUGAGUGGUUACUGAGUCCAACGACUUGAUUUUGUUUCUGCCAUGCAUGCAUCUGGUCAGUAUCAAGAACAUCUACUUCCAGUUCUGCCGACCUAUCUUCAGAGAUUUUUAAUCAUCCAUAGAUAAUACAGUAUGCCGUCGUCUUAA